GACAGCUCGCGCUCGCCGGCUCUGACAGUGGCAAAAACUUGUAGUCACGCACGUUUAUCUGCGGCAUGUAAAUUGGCGCGCGCAAAAGAAGGGAUGCCGGUCAGGCGUGGCUUGGGUUUUUGAAUAUCCAAUUUGAUAAUGCAACGGGGAGCAUGUGUAUAAAAAGGCCGAUGGGAGACGAUAAGCGAGCAUCAGAGUUUUGAAUAGCGAGGGAGCGUGGAUGAAGCUGAGCUCGUGCGUGGGCAUGUGCUGUCUGACUUUCUGAACAACUCACACGGGCACCAUGACAGAGGUCGGCGGAUUCCUCGGCACCAUCGAUCUGGAUUUACCGAGUUUUACAGCGCUCGGGAACACGCCUCUGUCCGACUCGCCGGCCGGGUUGAACGAGCGCCUCGGGCUGAUCGAGGGCAGACUGCGGCGCGGCUCUCUCACGGACUUCGAUCAUCUCAAAGGGAUCCUGCGCAGGAGGCAGCUGUACUGCAGGACCGGCUUCCAGCUGGAGAUCUUCCCCAAUGGCACAGUGCACGGCACCAGACAGGAUCACAGCAGAUUCGGUAUCCUGGAAUUCAUUAGCCUGGCUGUGGGGCUGGUCAGUAUAAGAGGGGUGGAUGCCGGACUUUAUCUGGGAAUGAAUGAAAAAGGAGAACUCUAUGGGUCGAAAAAGCUGACAGCAGAGUGCGUCUUCCGUGAGCAGUUUGAAGAGAAUUGGUACAACACUUAUGCCUCUACACUGUACAAACAUGCAGACACCGGGAGAUACUACUAUGUGGCCUUGAACAAGGAUGGUUCGCCACGAGAAGGCGGCAGGACUAAAAAGCAUCAGAAGUUGACUCAUUUCCUUCCCAGGCCAGUAGCGAUCGAGAAGAUUGCCCAGGCAUACAGGGACUUGUUCCAGCACAGGUGACCAAAAGUCCAGCCAGCGCUGGAGGUGUGGGGAGGGGUGAAGGGGAAUCUGAGAGAAACUUAGGGUUUAUGAAGACCCUCCUUUUCUUCCCUCCCUCACGACUGUUUAGAUUUGCCUUCUGGUCCAAAGCUAGAAGUCCCUCUCCAGCAGUGACUGAGAUAAACAGUACGUGUGUGUUCCUGAAUGAAUCUGUUUCCUCUCCUUAAUGGGUUUUAAACCACAGUGCAGAGAAGACAUUCCUCCAUCCACCACCAGUGCCAAGAGGUUUCUGAAGGAAAGGUGUUGACUUCAGGGGCUUCAUGGUGUCAUGCAACCAGCUCAUCCUCAGCUAACUUGGUACGCACCCAAAACUUGCAGAGAAACCACUUGUGAUGGAAAGAACCACUUGUGAUCUAGGCUCCAGUUUUGGUCUUGGCCAUUUCAAUACAUCUUUAAAAAUUGUAUGUCUCAUAUCCACAAGCCAGGUUGAAACUUGGAUGCUUAUCACUUCUAGCAACAUUAGCACCACUGAACUCAAGCACAGGCGCUAAUACCACUGUAAGUGUCUUUGUAAACUCACACUCACCUUCAUAAUGCAGUAGGCAUGCAAGUGAGGAUUGCUAAGGGACCAUGGUGCUGAUCCUGUGGUGAAAGGAAAUGAUUAUGGGAACACUUAUCUAGGGGCUAUUUACACGGGGGACAAGGACAAUUUCUUCCAAAGAAUAUACAGUAGCAUCUCAAUAAGAGAAACAAAGAUUUUUUUUUAAAUACAAAUGUAUAUUUAAGGACACUUGGUGAGACAAGUGAGAGGUACUGCUAAGUAAUAAAACUGGCAAACAAUCACUAAUAAAAAGCAAAAUCAUAAAAGACUUCAGGGUUUUUUGAAGAUAAAGGCCUAAAAGACCACCAAAGAGGAAUAAACACGUGUCAGGACAGAGUGGGAAAGAGCAUCUCCAGUGUGAAACACAGAGAUAAAUUAGCACUUAGAGAAUCCGCUCUGCAAUUUCACUCCUUUUCUUUUGAAGGUUCUGAAAAAGUCUGCUUGCUGACAGCUUAAAAAAAUGAAUGCACUCUCUAGAGGGGAAAUGGGAUGAGAUUUCUAUUGAAACCAGAGAAAAGCUACGGCAAAUGCAGAAAGGUUGUGGUGUGUUGGUCAACUGACAAGGUGUGACGUGUAAUAUAAGGCUGUCAGGAACAUUCUUAAAAUGUAAGUGAUGAGUGUAAAUAUGGAUGAACCUAUUUA